AUGCAGGAGCCAUGUGGACGCAUGGAGCAGAAGAUGCAGGGCACCGAGGACACGGCGCGCCCAUCGCCUCCACCUCAAGGCGAGGGGCAGAUCGUGCAGAAGCUCGAGGAGAGAAUGAGGUUAACACCAGAAUCAGACUUUCAGAGGUCUCCACAAAGUCAUGUGCUGGCGUUCUUAGCUAAGAGCUAUCAGCUCUGGGAUUUGUCAAUGUUAGAACGCGGCUGGACUCGUGCACGGAGCGAGAAACGGCGUCGUACUGCACCUCGUCCGCGUCGGCCAGCGCGCGGCGGCGCGGCGGCGGCGCGGCGGGUGGCGGCGCUCCGCGCCCGCGUCCGCCUCCAGCGCCACCUCCUCCUCGUCGUCGUUCUUCGUCGCGAGCGCGCCCGCAGCCCCUCGCCCACGCACGCCCUUCGCUGCCCCGCCCCCGCCGCCGCCGCCGCUCCCACCGCGCCCGCCCAACGCCCACGCCACGCCAACGCCCCCGCGCGCGCGCCUCCGUGCCCUCGCGACCCGUCGCCCCCGACGGUACGCACCACUGCGUGCUCAGCGACGCUAAGCCACUGGGUUGACUGGCGGAUCUUACGAUUCGAACCCCUUCUCCUUCAAAUAAACGCGGGCAGCGCGGCGGGCAAGAAGCUGCUGAAGGCGGCGCAGAAGGGGCGCGCGCAGGCGGCGCAGCGGCUGCUGGACGCCGGCGCCGACCCCAACUUCGCGGACGGCAGCGCGUGGACGCCGCUGCACCGCGCCGCGCGCAAGGGCCACGCCCCCGUCGUGGAGCUGCUGCUGCGGCGCGGCGCGCGCGCCGACGCCGAGGCCCCCCACGGCUUCACGGCGCUGCACAUGGCGGCGUUCAACGACCCCAGCGGCCGCUGCACGGCGCUGCUGGUCGCCGCGGGCGCCCACCUCGACCGCGCCAACGCCUUCGGCCGCACUGCGCUCCACUACGCCGCCGAGUUCGGCAACAUGGCCGCCGUGCGCGUGCUGGUGGAAGCCGGCGCCAGCAAGGCGGCCAAGACCAACGACGGCAAGACGCCCUACGACAUGGCCAAGGCCGACUACAUACGCAGAUACAUUCGCCCGUGA